CGGAAACGUGUCGCUGCGCCGUGGUGCGUCCCCACGUGUGAGUGAGGGAGGCAGGGAGCGGGAGCCGGAAUGUCGGUGUCGGUGGCCGCGGGCAACCUGCCCAUGCGGCUGCUCCGCAGGAAGAUCCACAAGAGGAACCUGAAGCUGCGGCAGCGCAACCUGAAGCUGCGGGCUGCCGAGCAGGAAGGUCAGGCUUCGUUGGCCCCCCCGGAGGAGGACGAGGGGGUGAAGGAGGCGGCGGCCCCAGAGGCGGAGGCAGAGACAGAAGCGAGCGGGCAGGCGGCGCCGGGCGCCGAGACCGCGGAGACGAAGAGGAGGAAGAAGAAGAAGAGGAAAGCUGCUGCUGGCCCCGAGGAAGGUUCAGAAACUAAGAAAGCAAAAGCUGAAGAAGAUGUAUCUGUGGAGGCAGAAGAUGAAGAUGGGCAGGGCUCAGGAGAGAAAGAGGCAGAAGAGGAGGAUGAAGUGCCCAGUUUACCUCUGGGUCUAACAGGUGCCUUUGAAGACAAUUCUUUUACUUCCCUUGCUGGUCUUGUCAGUGAGAGUACAUUGAAAGGUAUCAGUGAUAUGGGCUUUACACACAUGACAGAAAUUCAGCAUAAAAGCAUUAAACCUCUUCUGGAAGGCAGGGAUAUUUUAGCAGCUGCCAAAACAGGCAGUGGCAAAACACUUGCAUUUCUCAUUCCUGCAGUAGAGCUCAUCUACAAGUUAAAAUUCAUGCCUAGAAACGGGACGGGUGUUAUUAUUCUUUCACCUACUCGAGAGCUUGCCAUGCAAACCUAUGGAGUUCUUAAAGAACUUAUGAAUCAUCACGUUCACACCUAUGGUCUGAUCAUGGGGGGCAGUAACAGAUCAGCAGAAGCUCAGAAACUUGGAAAUGGAAUCAACAUCAUUGUAGCAACACCAGGAAGGCUUCUGGAUCAUAUGCAGAACACUCCAGGUUUCAUGUACAAGAACUUACAGUGUUUGGUGAUUGACGAGGCGGAUCGAAUCUUAGAGGUUGGAUUUGAGGAAGAAAUGAAACAGAUCAUAAAACUUCUACCAAAGCGCAGACAGACGAUGCUGUUUUCUGCUACACAAACCAGGAAGGUGGAAGAUCUAGCCAAGAUUUCUCUGAAGAAAGAACCACUGUAUGUAGGAGUUGAUGAUAACAAGGAGACAGCAACAGUAGAUGGCCUUGAACAGGGCUACGUAGUGUGUCCAUCUGAAAAAAGAUUCCUUCUGCUCUUCACGUUCCUGAAGAAAAACCGGAAGAAGAAACUAAUGGUAUUUUUUUCUUCAUGUAUGUCAGUGAAGUACCACUAUGAAUUACUCAACUACAUUGAUUUGCCUGUUUUGGCCAUUCACGGCAAGCAGAAACAAACAAAACGUACUACGACGUUCUUCCAGUUCUGUAAUGCAGAAUCUGGAAUCCUAUUGUGCACUGAUGUAGCUGCCAGGGGACUAGAUAUUCCUGAGGUGGACUGGAUUGUCCAGUACGACCCUCCAGAUGAUCCAAAAGAGUAUAUACACCGUGUUGGUAGAACUGCCAGAGGUAUAAAUGGUAGAGGACACGCUCUGCUCAUUUUACGUCCGGAAGAACUGGGCUUUCUCCGUUACCUGAAACAAGCCAGGGUACCACUCAGUGAGUUUGAAUUUUCCUGGUCGAAGAUUUCAGAUAUUCAGGCUCAGCUGGAGAAACUGAUCGAAAAGAACUACUUCCUUCACAAAUCAGCCCAGGAAGCAUACAAAGCUUACAUUAGAGCUUAUGACUCUCAUUCUCUGAAGCAGAUCUAUAACGUGGGGAACCUGGAUCUUAACAAAGUCAGCCUCUCCUUUGGCUUUAGAGUCCCUCCAUACGUUGACCUCAAUGUGAACAGCAACCAAGGCAGAAGACUACAGAAAAGAGGUGGAGGUGGAGGAUUUGGUUACCAGAAACCAAAGAGUGUCCACAAAGCUAAAAUCUUCAAGCACAUUAGCAAGAAAUCAGACAAUCGGCAGUUUUCUCGUUAAUUGUGCAUUCAUUACAGUGGCUUUUUGUUGUGCUGUAUGCUGCCCUGAUCGAAACUGUCUUGGCAGUUACUUCCAUUUUAAACUUCUCUGCUGAACCUUUUAGGGAGAGAAAAGUUUUUGUUUCAGAGCUUCUUAAUGUUUCAUUUCAGGAAGACUCUUUGGAAAAGAGAAUACAGAGAGAUAGCCAGACUUCUUGUAAAGAAGAAGAUGGAUGUAUGUAAUUGUUUCAACUCAGUGAUUUAUUAAAGAAAAAAUAUUUUCAUCUUUUUAUAGGAAAACUUAUUUUGCAUAUACCCUUUUUGUAUGCACCCCUGGAAGCUGUCAGACUAGACAGAAUAUAGGGACAGAUUCCAAUGUGAGGUGACUUGCACAGCAAGAGACUUCACUAUGCUAAGAAAUGCAGUUCAUAGGUGUCUGAAAACAUUCUUAGUGUAAAAAAUAUAAAAGGAUUUUUAUUCAAGGAUCAUUGUGGGGUGUCUUAGUGAUAGAGAAUUCAUUAUCCAGCAGACAUGGUAAAGAAUACGUUCUUUUCCACAAGAAUCGUUGUAUGUUGUUGAAUCUUAUUAUGACUGAGCUUGUAGUUAUUUUAAUUCAUGGCAUCUGGAUGGCAGAUACAGUGUCUAAGAUUAAAGAAGAAAAAAACCCAGCUUCUUAUACCAAUCUGAGUCAUUCUUAGAAUUACUUCUUUAAUAUUAUGAUAAAACAGUAACAUUCCAGUGAAUUACUUGGUUUUCCUUUGUGGUCUGUUUAAAUCUGUCUGUUAAUGUCUGGUCUAUUCUCUUUUGAACAGGCAAAGACAAUUAAGAAAAGCACGUUGCAUUACUUGAAGGACUUGGCCCAGAUGCGGUGUUGGGAAGGGUUUGGGGCUCAUUUGUUAGUUUACAUUAUUAUCAGGUCUCUACCCUUGUAGAAGUAGAUUUAUGAAGAAGAUUUAUGAGGCUGUGGCUGAGGCUGGGUGUGUUAUUUAAAAAAUGUACAGUCACUGAUGCAAGGAAGGACUACACUGUCUCAGUCUGGGCCUUUAGGAAUCAGAGCCCCACCUGAUUGCAGUAGAACAGGUUUUAUUCCUUUAUUCUGUAUCAUCUGGAAGGCAAGCCAGGACUACUUUGAAUACAAAGAAAAUUUGUACUUAUUCCAGUAUGAAGUGAAACCUUACAGCUUUUGAAGUAGUGUAUAAGAUUUAAGCUUGUGUGCAUUGGAGUGUUGUAGAAGCAAGUGGACAAGUGGCAGUCUCUUACUCAUAGAGGAAAUCAGGUAAUUGGAAAGUGGGAGAGCAACGUGACCAUUCGAUCAAUACUCCUUACAGCACUCAGACCUCAGUGUUGCCUUUUUCCUCCACUUUUACCUGAAAAAGCUUUUAGCCCUACUGGGAAAAAAAAAUAAUGCAAGGCUUAUUAAUAUUGAUUGGAAAUGAAGAACUUCAAAAUAUUGAGAUUUUUGUAACUGCAAUUUGCAUGUCUUAUGCUUCCAGAAUUGUAAUGAAUACAAAACAAUCUCUACUGUAGGGUAAGCAAUUAUAGUUGCACGUAUGAUGCCUGGCUCAUUGAGAUCUAAUCCUUGAUUCCUGUUUUGCUAACAACAUUUAUAACCAAUAGACGUCAAGAAAGUU